CGCCGAGGCCGUAGUUGAUUUAGUGGCUGGAGGCCGGCUGAGGCCCAGCCAAGACACUUUCACGCUGAGCCGCAGCCAAGUAUUGUUUAUGGGGCCUUUGAUGCGCCCCAGGAGGCAUCUGAGACUGAAGCACAAUGGCCGUGAUGAUCUUAAUACAGCGAAAUUGCUGCCGUUCAUGAUGCAAAGAACUGAUGACAGUGAAGUGGUCUUCAAUAAUGGGAAAUGGAGCUCCUAUACUCCCCAACAACUGAAGAGGCCCAAAACUGGAAAGCUAUCAUGUACGAAAACAGAACAAAAUAGAAAAUAUAUUUCUGUUAACUAUCUACUAAUGGAAAAAAGCUGAAUUUUGUGAAACUACAAAAAUAAAAAUUCAUUGAAGAACACAAAUGGAAAUAUAUCAAAAAGAGGUUCAGCUGUUAGAUUUACAGAUCAAUGCAUUAUAUAAGUAGAAAACAAAGGAUUUAUUUUGUUAAUUUCUGGAAUAUUUUCACUUUCACUCAUUUUUUUUGUAUUUCUCAUUCUUGAGGACAAUAUGUUAUUUUAAUAAUAAACUGUUUUCA